AUAGGCCGAGGAUUAGAUCUCACGUACCAGCUGGUGUCGAAAACCUGUCCCUUGAUGAUCUCUCGUAAGCACUGUGUUUUCCAGCAAAAUGCAGAAGGGCAGUGGACUGUCAAGGACAACAAGAGUCUAAAUGGAGUCUGGCUUAACAAACAGCGCCUGGAUCCCUCCAAAGCCUAUCCCGUCAGUGAAGGAGACCGUAUCCAGUUGGGAGUGCCUUUGGAAAACAAAGAGACUGCUGAAUAUGAGUAUGAAGUAAUUAAAGAGGAAUGGGAGAAAAUAAGACCCUUUUUAGCCCAAAGGAGUGACCUGGGGAAAGCUAAGAGUUCAAGAACUAAACGUAAAUUUAGUUUGGAGGAAUUGGAAACAUCUGGAUCAGAAGGCCCUUCAAACUCCAGAUCCAAAAGAGACAGAGUGUCCUGUGACAAUGAACCUUUGGGUAAAUCAUGGGGAAGGGUAGAAGAGGCCAAACAGUUAACAGAGCAGACGGAUGUCAAGCUGCCUUCUCCUGGACCAAGUGAGGAGGAUAGUGGUCUGGUCCGUCGUAGCCUUGUGCACUCCAAGAAAGCUGUGUCUGUCCCCCAUAAGGACCAGAAAGGCUCUGGUCUUGCACAGUCAUGGACUGGCUUGGAAAUGCUGAGGAAAACUCUAGUAGAUAUAAUGAAGUUAAAGGUCAAAGUGCAGGAGAAGCAGACAGCAGUUCUGAAUGUGAAGCAGAAGCGCAGGAAGUGUGCUCAGAAGGAGAUCCUGGCAAUGGAGCAGGAGCUGCGGGAGUUGCAGAACCAGCUGUGCAUGGAACAAGAGCAUCAUCAUCAGCAGGUGGAAGAGCUGGAGAGGACAUUCUCUAAAGAGCAGCAGAAGCUAGAGGGAGUAAAGUGGCAACAUGGGGAAGAGAAUCUGAAGGAGCAGCUGGCCCAGGUCCUGCAAGAGCAUCAUGCUUUGAUGGAAGAACUAAGCCGUAGUAAAAAAGAUUUUGAGGAGAUAAUUCGAGCCAAGAAUAAAGAACUGGAAGAAACUAAGGAGGAGAAGGAAAAGGUGAGAGCCCAGAAAGAAGAGGUGUUGAAUCAGAUGAAUGAUGUGUUGGAGAAUGAGUUGCAGUGCACAAUCUGUUCUGAGUACUUUAUCGAGGCAGUCACUCUGAACUGCGCGCACAGCUUCUGCUCCUACUGUAUCAAUGAGUGGACGAAACGUAAAGUGGAGUGCCCUAUCUGCAGGCAGGAGAUCAAAUCAAAGACACGCUCUCUGGUGCUGGAUAACUGCAUUGACAGGAUGGUAGAAAAACUAGAUGUGGAAAUGAAAGAGCAUCGCCUGACCCUUAUCAGAGCGCGGAAAGAGAAACAGAAUGUGCUGGUGAAACCAGCUACAGACAAUGACAGCAGUGUCAUUUCUUCCAUCUACUCCAUCUUGUCGAUGAGCAGUUGUGACAGUGAGGACUCUGAGGAGGAUUCUUACUAUGAUGAAAGCUACUACGUUAUCUAAACACUGUUACUGCAGACACGUCUGCCUGUGUGCUGCCCAGUACCAACUCAAUGGUGUUUGGCCAGAUAAGCGGACUGGACGUCUGGAAGGAGAGACUCUGUGAAGAGGCUGGAGCUGAGAACUAGCAGCACUUGGAAGAAGGACCUUAUUUUUUAAAUAAAUGUACAGAAGCUUGAUAUCUUAAACAAAAUUGGGAUUGUGAGAGAACAAACUGUCGUUAUGCUAGAUGGUUGACAUACAAAACCUAGGCUUCCGUGAUUGCUAGUGAGCUGCUUGGUGUAACGUAAUAGUUUGUAUGCACCACUGCCC